CGUCUGCUCAAACAGCUCGUCCUUGUUUGGCCUCGGCUGCAUCAGAGCUCCACUUCUCCUCAGCUCCUCCAGAGGAAACACCACUGCACACAAUGCUUUUCCUCCCAGCUGCUGCUCUCUGCUGUCUGUGUUCAGCGCUGGUUGCCAUGGCAGCAGAGCUGAUUCAGGACGAUUUAACAUUGACCAAGAGAGUCGGGGACACAGUCUCCUUCAUCUGUGGAGGAACUGAUCAGUGUGGCUAUGUAUACUGGUACCAGAAGAAAGACACAGAAACAUUCAGAGUGAUUCUUCGUAUUCAAAUCAAUAAUGGUGCAAUAGCUUCAAGAUACAAUCAUCCUCAGAUAAAGGAUUUCACAGGUGUGAAGAAACAAAACAUCUGUGAGUUAAAGAUUAACACAAUUAAAUCAGAUCAUUCAGCCUCCUACUACUGCCUCUGUUGGAAAACAAGCAACCACAUCUUUGGCUCUGGGACUAAACUGUAUGUAACAGAGCAGCAGGUAGUGAAGCCCGUGGUGAGCGUGUACCCAGCAGCCUCCAGAGAUCCCCUGAAGAACCACCUGCUGUGUGUGGCCUCAGCCAUGUUCCCUCCUGAGGUCCAGUUCUCCUGGAAAAGACUGAAGCAGAACGGCGGCCUGGAGGAGCUGAACUCCAGAGAGGGAGAGCAGCUGGAGCUCAGAGAGUCGGGACGCUCCACCGCCAUCUUGGUGCUCGGUCAGCAUGAUGUUGAGACAAAAUAUCGCUGCUCUGUGAAGCACCAGGGAGGAACAGUGGAGGCUGAAACAGAGCAAGUCAUAGAGGUCACUGCCCCUCCAUCUACUGCUCCAUCGACUCUUCCUCCUCCUACCCUUCCUCCCUCCACUCCUCCUCCUCCUCCUCCUCCUCCAGCCGUCCCUCCACCACUCUGGUCCAGAGAGAGGCUGCUCUGCCUGCAGUACACAGUGCUGAUAGUGAAGAGUGUGGUCUACUGCUUUGGACUCUCUCUGAUGAUGAUCCUCAGAAACAAAGGACCGUCCACCAGCUCCACACAUGCUGACUGACCUCCAAGAGCUUUGACGUCUCACUCACACCUGCUGGAAAACUCAAACAUGUUUUCUGUCAUCAACUGUAAAGAACAACAAAGAUUAUCUUGAAACAAUCUUCCUCCUGAACACAUGUAGAAAACACAGAGAAGAAGAACAGAAAGAGGAACUUCAGUUCAGUCAGUAUUUUAAACAAAGAAACUAAUGAUAAAUUUCUGCUUUUCCUUUUCAUGAUAUUGUUUCUCAAUGUUAAACUUUCUUUACAUUUCCUCAGUGUUACUUUCAGAAUAAAAAUGUUUGACUAAAACGAAAAAAAGUUUUUUUCUGAAAAGGUUUGUAAAAGAUUUCAGUUUGUAGUGAUGAAUUUAAAAUAUGUGAAUUCCCACAUUUCUUUCAAAAUGCUUUCUUU